AUGCCCCCAAUCUACAUUAACAUUAUUCUAGCAUAUACCGCAUCCCUUGUGGGAUUAUUAAUAUACCGGUCUCACUUCAUAUCCUCACUAUUAUGCUUGGAGGGCAUAAUACUAUCCCUAUUCAUUCUGGCCACUAUCCUAUCCCUAAACCUACACUUCACCCUGUCCUUCACCCUCCCUAUUAUUCUCUUAAUUUUCGCGGGAUGCGAGACCGCUGUAGGCCUAGCACUCUUAGUAAUAAUCUCCGACAUCUACGGCCUGGACCAUGUACAGAACCUUAAUCUCCUACAAUGCUAA